UUUCAGGAAAACGAUACCGCGCCCCUCCAGCUCCUUGUGGGCCGUUGGUGUGCAACACCCUGGUGCAAUUCAAGUGCCAUCAAGCCGAAUUUCUCUCCUCUAUGGUGGUGGAUAAAGGUCAGUACGUUGUGGUGCAAGGCGACCGCGGUAUUGACAUUGGGGUCGUCAUCCGGAUCAACACCACCUCUCAAAAAACGUACGUGGAAUGCACUGGGCCUGUGGGGAGCAUUUUGCGGCACGCAACGCAACGGGAAGUGGACUACUGGGCCACAGAUCUCAAAGAUGCGGAGGCGAUUGCUGCCGCCUUCUGUCAGGCAAAGGUACGCUCGCAUGGCCUUCCCAUGGAGAUUGCGUAUGCGGAAUACCAGUUUGACAAAAAGAAGCUCACCUUCUAUUACGAAGCACGCACCCGGAUUGAUUUUGUGCAACUUCUCAAGGAACUUUACCGCGAGUAUGGCUGCCGUAUAUGGAUGGAGAAGCUUCGCAGUCACGAGUGACGAAAAUCCCUCAUGGUGUAUUCUGUAG